AUGUCUCAUGCAAAUAAUGCAAAACAAAGAUUUGAAGAAAUUGCAAAAACCAAUAAAGAAAAUAUACGACGAAUUUUAUCUAAUGAAGAAAAUCAAUCAAAUUCCGAUUCAUUUGAUGAUGGAAAUCUUAUUGAAGAAAUUCUAAAUAAAACAAAAAGUUCAUUUAAUACUGGAUCAUCCGAUGAUCUUGGUCGUACUUAUCAAUAUCUAGUAGAUUCAUUAUCAACUGGUGCUAAUAUAUGUUUAAUAUGUAUUGAUGUAAUACAAAAAAAAGAUGCAAUUUGGAAUUGUUCAUGUUGUUAUUCACCAUUUCAUAUAGUUUGUAUACAACAAUGGAUUAAAGAUGGAAUCUAUCAAUCAUCAGCAACAAAUAAUAAUGAAAUAAAUACUUGGCAUUGUCCAAAAUGUCGAACUGAAUUUGAUCCGAAAGAUACACCAAAACGUUAUCUAUGUUAUUGUCAUAAAGAAAUCGAUCCUCAAUUUGAUCCAUGGUUAAUUCCUCAUUCUUGUGGACAAACAUGUGGUAAACGAUUGAUACCUGAAUGUGGUCAUAUAUGUUUAUUACUUUGUCAUCCUGGACCAUGUCCACCAUGUCCGAAACAAGUUAAUGUUCGUUGUUAUUGUAAUCAAUCAAAUCCAACAGCACGUCGUUGUGGUUUUAAAGGUUGGUCAUGUGGAAAAUCAUGUUCGAAAUUAUUAUCUUGUCAACAACAUCGAUGUGAACAAGUAUGUCAUACUGGACCAUGUUUACCAUGUCAAAAAACAAGUAUUCGGCCAUGUCAAUGUGGCAAAACAAAAGCAGUACGAAAUUGUAAUGAAUUAAAUUUUCAAUGUGAUCAACCAUGCAAUCAAUUAUUAAAUUGUCAAAUUCAUCAUUGUAAACGUAUAUGUCAUAAAGGCGAAUGUGGUUCCUGUCCUCGGCAAGGUCUACGCACAUGUCCAUGUGGAAAAACAAAAUAUGAGAAUUUACCAUGUUCAGAAGACGUUCCAACUUGUGGUGAUACAUGUGAUCGAAAGCUUGAUUGUGGUCUUCAUCGAUGUUUACAUCGAUGUCAUACUGGUGAUUGUGAAUCAUGUCGACAAGUGACUUUAAAACGAUGUCGAUGUGGUUUAAAAGAAAAAUCUAUUCCAUGCUGUCAAGAAUAUCUUUGUGAAACAAAAUGUACACGUAUGCGUUCAUGUGGAAAACAUCCAUGUAAACGUAAAGUAUGGAUAAAAAAAA